UUCAUUUAUUAAAUAUUUUACUUCAAUUUUAUUUGAUAUUGAAGAAAAUUUUUCAAUUUUAACAGUUACGUUAGAUGGCAUAGAAUUCGCAUUAUAAUUUUACCGGCUAUGAUACCUACUACCUAAGCGACCUUCGUACGUACAGUUUACCUGCUCCACUAUGUAUUGUCUAGGGGAUACACAUAAAAAUAAAACAUUCUCAUGCCCGAAGAAAGUCAAAUCACAGCUGCUCAGGCCACGUCAUACAUUCGGAACUGUUCUCACUCUGUUUUGAGUUUUCGUAAGCGUUAGACGUUGGAAUAAUUUUGUGCUAGUUAUUUCAAGUGAUUUGUGUAUAACAUGGAAAAAGCAAGUACGAGUUCUGGAGAUUUCGUUCAUGAAGAAUCUAUCCUCAACAAUUCAAUUAAAAAUGAUAUUACAAAUGCAUUUUUGUAUUGUAAAUCAUUAUUAGAAGAAAGUGAACUUCUGGUCAAAAAUCCUCCAUCAGAAAUGUCACAUUCAUCUAUUGUCAUGGGAGAAGAAUUUUAUAAUAGCAUUGUGACAAUGUUAGAUGAAAGAAAAAUCAUUGAAGGUGAAGAACUGAUCACAAAGGAUGAAGAUGAUGAGACAAAUGAGUAUACGGAGUGUAUUGGUGUACCGGAAGAUGAUGAUAAUUUUGUAGCUCAAGAAUUUGCCCCCGAACCACGUGACUAUAUUCCACUGUCGUAUAAAGAGAGGGCAGUUGCUAUUGCCGAUGCUCACCCAAAAUGGAGUUUGAAAUGCCUUCAAAAGCAUGGGGCAUCACGAUUAAAGCAUAAGCAGAAUUUAUAUCGAUGGAAAGAAGAUGUCAAACGUGGAGGUACUUAUUUUGACAAGUGAAAAACUAUUGACAGUGAUACGUAUGAAAGAUUCUUGGAAGCCCGAUCUAGUAUGGAGCAGGUAACCACAAGAACAUUGCAACAGUGGGCAAUGAAUGCUGCCUUCCAAUUUUUAUCGGACGAAUUUCAUUUCAUUGCAAGUAAAUCAUGGGUGGAAAGGUUUAAAAAAAAACACGGAAUUCGCCAACGUAAAAUUACGAAGUUUAUAAGUCACAAAGAAGUAGUAUCUAUCGAAGAAGUGAUGGAAAGUGCAGAAAAAUUCCGUUUGCAAACAAAAGCAUUAAUGUCUGGAUUUGAUCGUGAUUAUAUUAUUAACACUGAUCAAAGUGGAUGUCAAUAUCAAUUGACAUACAACAGAUCAUUGCAGAAAAAGGAGCGAAAACCAUUUUCGUUAAAAAAAAAGAAUAUUAGUUUAACUACUCAUUCUUAUACUGCACAGUAUGCACUAACGGCUUCAGGGAAAGUGUUACCAUCUGUUUUUGUAUGUUUACGUGAACCAAGUGGAGCAUUUGGACCACAAAUCAAGAAACAAAUAAAUCAGUUGAGUAAAAUAUAUAAUAAUAUUAUUAUAACGUGUACAAAAUCUGGCAAGCUAACCAAACAACAAUAUGAAAAGUUUUUAAAAACUUGUUUAUUACCUUAUGUGCAAGAUAAUAAAUUUCUAUUAAUUAUCGAUUCAUGGGUUGGUCAAACAGACACGACAGUGUAUGACGAUAUUUUUUUAAAUGAAAAUGGUGAAGCUACUUGUACAGUAAAAAUUAUUCCACCAAAAUGUACACCCAUUUGCCAACCGUGUGAUGGCUACUUUUUUCGACAAAUAAAAAUAUUUAUUAAAAAAAUUGAAAAUGCUCCAGAGCUAUUGGCAGAUAAAAGGGAAUUAACAUCAAGAGAAGACAUCAUGAAAAUUCAUUCCCUGAUAUUGCAUCAAUUAAAUUCACCAAAAUUUACAGCGAUGAUCCAGUAUGCUAGGUUUGCCUCCAAGUUGAUUGAUGAAAGGGAAAUAUUUAUGAAUGUAAACCAAUUGUGCUUCUCUAUAAAGAAUUUGAAGACAAAAUGUAAUUGCAACAAUAAUAGUUUUAAAAUAUGUUUUAAAUGUUUCUAUGAUGAUUAUCAUCCAAAUGAAUGUUUAUUUACAAAUGAUUCUGACGAUGAUAUGGAGAGUGAAUAAGUA